AUGUCACUCAGUAAUACGAAGACGAAUUGCGAUCGUAUCAAUGGAAAAUUAGCUUUAUUCACAUGGAAAGUUAUCAAUGACUGGUCAUUUUCGUUAGCAGCACUCAUUGCUUAUUAUUUACUAAUAUCUUUAUUACCGUUGAUUUUAAGUAUGCUUGCUGUAGUUAGUUUAAUCUUUGGUAAUGACCCGAAGUUUCAACAGCAAAUUCGAGAUCGUCUAGUAAAAGCGUUCCCUGAACAAGGUCUUGCUGACAUAAUCGAUGCGUUACUUCAUUCACUCUUGACACAAGCUGGACUGGUUUUCAUCAUCAGUUUUGUCAUAUCGUUAUUUACCGGUUCGAGAUUAUUCAUUGGCUUCGAUGAUGUUUUAACCAUUAUUUACCGUAUACGUGAACGAUCGAUACUCAACCAAAAUAUUCUCGCGAUUAAAAUGAUUUUAGCAUUUGUGAUUAUCAUGCCGUUCAUUGUUAUAUUCUCGUCAGUACCUGCGAUUUUAGAAAAACAUGAAUCAUUCUAUCAAUUCUUAACGACACUUUCAAGCGGAGUGCUUUCAUUUAUAUUUUUCCAAUUAAUCUAUCUGAUUUUACCUAAACGUGAAAUGAGUUGGCGGCAUACAUGGUGUGGUUCAUUGAUCGCGGCGGUUGGUUCACAAUUUAUUAUGUUAUUUUUUCCCUUAUAUGUUCAUGAAUUCAUGGCUGAUUAUAUUGGUCAAUUAGGAUUUAUAAUUAUCACUUUACUUUUAUUUUACUUUUUUGGUUUACUGUUUGUCUUAUGCGCACAGAUUAAUGCAUUCUUUUUCGAUCAUGUUCAACCGUUGAGAACUGGUUUGGGUACGUGUUUAAGUGAAAUGGCGGAUCGAGAACAUAUUCAGUUGGUGGACGACGAAAUUUUUUCGUCAAAUAAUACGAUAAUAACCGAUUUCCAAACAUCUGAACAACAUUGA